ACCGUCGGCGCUGCAGACGACGACGCUGUCUUCCUUUGGCGGCCGCUAGCCGCGCAUGCUGCAAUUGGUGGCUGUGGUGAGGAGCUGCGCCACAUCAAGCUGCGUGCCCCGAUGCUGCGAUGGAACUUUGGCGGUGCAAUCCAGUGCUACAAUGGAGCUUUCCCGGGGCUCACGAGUGCUGCGAUGGAGCUUUGCCAGGGCAGUCCAGUGCUGCAAUGGAGCUUCGCCGGGGCCGCCGGUGUUGCUAUGGAGCUCCAUCGAGGCCGUCUAGUGCUGCAAUGGAGCUUUGCCGGUGAGCCACUAGUGCUCUGCGUUUUGAUUUUCGGCCGAAAAAAAUGAUUUUCGGCCGAAUUUCGGCCGUCUCGCUAGGGCCCGAUAUAUGGGCCUAUCGGCCGAAUAAUUCGGCCCAGUUUGAAUUUUUUUUGCCCGGCCCAGCUUCGAGAGCCUUCUAGUUAGCUUCCGCUGAGACAAAACCACGAAACCCAAACGGCCUAACCCUAGAAUCACUCGUUCCCUGUCCCUCUUCCUGUGUGCGGCGCCGCCGCCGCGCACAGGCCACAUCUCCUCGCCCUCCUCCACAUCUCCGGCCAAGGCGCUCGCUUCUCUGGCCGUCCUCCACAUCUCCUCGCCUCCACCCCAUCCACUUCCUGUCCUUUGCUUCUCCAAGACUGCAGCAUGGUGCUUGGCGGCUGCGGCAACGGAGCUGAUGGAGCGCAAGCCGACCAGUUCAACGGAGGCAGUAGCACGGAGCAGCGGCAGCAGCAUGGAGGGCGUCCGCUUGACUGGGAAGGUAAUGGAACUGCAAAUAGGAAUGGCAGCGGCAACCAUGAUGCAAGUGCAAGUGGUUCUCAAAGCUCUUGGAAAGGAAUUAAAGAUAAUAACUUAUAUGAUCCUUGGAACCAUACAUGGCCGUAUUCUGGGGGUUUUCAUUGUAUGUACUGUGGCCUAAAGCACAAAGGUGGAGGUGCAACCCGUGCCAAGGAGCACCUUGGUUGGAUUGUAGGUAACGUGAGGAGCUGCCCAAAUGUGCCAAGAAAUGUGAGAGAUGCAAUGAGAGAGUGCCGGGAUGAAUCGAAGAGGAAGAAAAGAGAGAAACAAAAUAGCAAUGGAGUGGCUGAAUGAGGAUGAAGAGGAUCCAAUUUUGGAUGGAGCCGAUGCGGCCAGUGCUGUUUUUGAGAAAAUAAGGCGCCUCAACUCAGGCAGGAAGGAUUCUUAUGUUGGUACAAAGGCUAAUAAGAAGAAAAGAAAGAGGAAUCAUGAUGAGGAGAAUGAGUAUGUCGAAACUGACAGUGAGGAUGACGACAACGAGAAUGAAUAUGUUGAUAAUGAGAGUGAGGAUGAUGAUGGGGUGAGUGAGGAUGAUGAGGAUGAUCAACAAGAUCAACAAGAAACACAAAUGCAAGUGGAAGAAGAGACACAAGUACAAGUUGAAAAGGAGACACAAGCAAGCAUUGGCAAUUUGGAGACUCGUAGAUCUGGACGACUUGUUAGGAAGAAGACCAAGGAAGUCAACAGCCUCUACUCGUAGAUUUGCUGGAGCUUGGAGCAUGAUGCUAGUUGGAGGCUUGGAGCAUGGAAGCUGGAGCUUUUUCAAUGGAACAAGACCUCCCCGUCCAUGCUUUCAUGGAUUUCUUUUGGAGUUGUUGUUCGUUGUGAUGCUUUGAUGGUUGUCUUUUGGAGCUGUUUCUAUGUGAAAUCCUUUAAAUUCCUAGAGUUGGUUGUACUGAAGUAUUUAAACUUUGAACUAUGAUGUGAUGGUUGUGGACUGUAAGUUUAGAACUAAUGUGCGUGAGGGUCAUAUUGGACUGACGCUCUUAUAUU